AUGGACAAGUAUAAUUUCAUUUAAUAUUAUGAUUAGUAAAUUAAGGCUAUGCUUAAGGUAGUAUAGAUUGUUGAGCAGUUAGAGGAGGCUAUGGGAAUAAUUGAUGAAAAACUCAAUAAUUAUAAACUAAUUUGUUACUUAUUAAUUAAAUUUUAUGAAACAACCCAUCUUAAACAGAGGAUCAAAACCUGAAAAAAAUCCGACUUCUUACAAUAAUGAUGGUUUGGGAAGGGACACUUACAUUUCAUACAAUAAUGGUGGCAACUUUGGAACUGAAUUCAGAUUUCUUGCUGUCCAUCAAAAUAGAACAGGAAUGAAUAUGAUGCCAAGUCCUGCCUCCAGAGCAUAUGAAGUACCUUAACGUUUAUUCUAUUAAUGUGAUGGAACUGGUAGGGAUACUUAUGUGUUGUAUAAAUGAUUACCUGUAUGUAGAUUAAAUGUGUAGGAGAAGUACUCUCCUAUGCACAAUUACAAGAGGAUGCUUCGAAGCUCUGAUCAAUUCUUCUCAAGUCCAAAAUACAGAUAUGAAUUGCCACCCAUUGCCAGAGAAAAAUUCAAAAGAACCCAAUAAUCUCAGAGAAGUCUCAUCAGUCGGUUAUCCUAGCCAAAAAUAAAACAAAGUUGUUGA